GUGUGUAGCCAUUUCUUCGCUGCUCAUUAUUAUUUCGCAUUCGCCGAAAAACGGGAACAAGACAUUCUGCGGACGCCUUCGAACUCAUUCCGUGACGCAACACCGUGGCCAACGGAUGAAUCGUUUGCCUGGCUGGCAUUAGAAAUGAUAAAAAUCUAAUGGUGAAUAAAAAAACUGUGAAGUGAAAUUGAAGUUGAUAAAAAGUCAUUUAUUGCCAGUGUAUUUAGUUGAAUUAUCGCAAAGCAGUUACUGUAAGAAGUGAGAUCUUAAAAGACAUUUUCUGUGACUUGGAAACCUAAUGUAAUGUAAAAUUGACAAGUGUGUGAUGAAUGCAAUAAGAUGAAAUAUAGUAAAAAGUGUAUAAAUUGAAAUUGUGAAAAUUCAACACUCAAAAUUAUGUGAAAUAUUUUGGUAAUGCAGUUUGAAGAGCCACCUUCCGCACGUAUCUUUGCAGCAAACAUGUCGUUUCGCCAGUUGAGAUAACUAAUCAGAAGAUUCCUCAAAACGUAUUAUAAGGAAGUAACAUUUCUCACAAACUACCACCACCUUCGAUGUGUGUCGAUAUCCUGGCAAAUCGUCCCAAAUCCAAUACAACUUCAAAAACAACUCCAACUCUCGGCAACUUUCUUAGGUUUCCCGUACGAAUUUGUGCUUGUAGUAAAAGAACGAACUCAUAUUGAAUUUGAAAUUCUCCAUACGUGUGCUCGCACACACACACACACAUAUGCACAUCGUUUGAAAUCAGCUGCUGCUUCUGAUCUUGCCCUCUCGAAAUCUUGUCACUUUGCCAAGGACGACCACGACGACCAGCAAAAGCAAAGGAGCUACAAGCUACGGAGGCAAACGAGCACGGAUUAUAUACUUUUGGAUACACCUAACGACCACACAUACACACACCCUCACGCACCACAUACGACGGGGGGUGUUGGAAAGUUGAGGAAAAUCAAACUAUAGCAAAACUUGCCAAACGGCGGAUGCGGUCAUAAAGGAACGCCACGUUCUCUCCGCGCGUUCUGUCAUCGUCCAACCCGAUACCAAGGAGCAGAGAGAACGAGAUCCCACACUACUACACAAACUACUCUACCCACACACUAGCAUUACUACUACUACUCUACCCUGUACUAAUACCAUCACUAGUGCGAGCACCAUGACGACAGGAGCAAGGCUUUGAUGACGGGAGAAGAUAACUACGAUGGCGAGCAAGCUUGACUCCGUUGCACAGUCGGAAAGCUACGGCGCUUGAGACGGUCGUCUCGAGGAAAGUAAAACAAGGGAACUCUCUGCUAAACGUCGGUCUAGGGAACGGUGGCCGAUGGCGAGGAUGGAUUUCGAAUGUAAAAGUGCGUGCAUCUAUCAGUGCUUCUUGGGCCGGUGCGAACGUUGGAAAAAUCUACCAAUGCCAACGCAUUGACAGUGACGGUGUGUGCAACGAAUGGUGUGCAAGACAGGGCUAUUAUUAUUGUAGGCUUGCAGUUGAGGAAGAGUGGUCAAAUAACAAGUGCUAUUGUGCGGAAGAAAAGAGUGUGCAGUGUGGCAAUAAAAAAUUCCAUAUCCGUUAGUGUAAGGAAAGCAUGUGAUAAAUGAAAGGUGUAUAUGUUUGUGUGGUUCGAGCAGCAAACAGUGAAUUCGAAUAACUACGACGGUCGGUGUGUUUUACGGGUUAUAAGUAAAUAUCUAUCGGCAUAAUACUUUACGUUAACCGGGAGCAACAUCCAGCACGAGAACGGUGCCACAUCUUAGCUCUCGCCUUCUAGUCGGUGGAAGAGAAAAGUAAUCAAAAAACCGCAUCCUAACGCAACCUCAUUUGUAUUAAGGGCUUUUUUAAGUGCUAGACUAGGGUAAACAAAACGCAAGUGCAAUAAGUACGUACCACACUCACUGCAACUGAUUAGCUAAAUUUCAUCCAAAAAUUGUUCCUCCUCCUGUCCUGUAUGUGCGAUUCAGCAACGUUCGCACAAAAAUCGUACCGUGAUUUUGUGCGCAAAAAGGACGGCUCGCGCGAAAAAGAGGAGCCACCCCAAACCAAAGAAACCACUGCGAAGGAACGAGCCAGAACGAGCGCGCGUAGAGCGAGAACGAUUCUGCCCGCUUCUUGCCUCAAAAGGCAAGAAACGCACCAUUUUCUUGCGCAGCAUUUCGAUCUUUGCAAGAAAAUCUUCAUCUUCAUCUCGACUGCGCGGCUCCGACGUACCGAGCCAGGGCUGGGAAGUUGAGAUGCAAAUUGCUCAGCUUCGGCACUACCGGCCUGUAUCUUUUACCACUACUACAGCACGACACCAAGAGGCGGACUACUCGCACGUACACACAGACACACCAGCAACGACGGGGCGACACAGGCGAAAGAAUGCUUCGAGCUGCGGAAGAAUUACUUCGCAAUGUUUUAGGGAGACGAAUAAUGUUUAGCUAAAAAAACAUGUUUUAUAUCUGUUGACCAUCAAUCUAUGUACCAUGCGAGUUUUUGCAACACGUCAAUCGUAACGUAAAGAGCACGUUCAUUAGCAAAAACAAAAAUUGUCCAGCAACAGUCAGCCCGGUUUUAUAAAAUACACAAAAAACUGGAAGAAACGGAUAAAAGAUUCAGGAAGUUCAUGACAAAACGCAAACGCAUUGGCCAAAGAACCUAGUUUGCUAGUACUAGAAUACUAAAGCAACACUUAGCAAACGGAAUGCAUUAAAUUUGACUGAUUCGAGAAGGUAGCAAAGUUCUUUAACAAUUAUUUAUUACGACGAUAGAGGAAACAGUUUGGUACUGGUACGUUUCCUCGUUUAUAUUUUCAUCAAGAGUGAACGGGAGAGAGAUAAAGAGAGCAACUAUUGUGCAACGAAUAGGAAUAAAACAACAAAAUGAAAGAAGCCACAAUGAUCGAUGCAUUCGACACGGCGGAUUUUAAUCCAGAGCUGAUCCUGUCCAGUGUGUUUCUGGAUCCCGGACUAGAUUUUGUUACCAACAUCGACGAUCUCAGUGACAAUAGCAUAGCGGCCGAUCUGCUGCAGCAGUUGGGUAACUCCAUUUUCUACCCAGAAACUUCAAUCGCAACGAAUAUUAGCAACGGUGAGAUUGCAGGGCUGGCCGAAACCAUCCCACAGCAACAACAUGCACAACACCAACAGCAACAACACCACAAUCAUCAACAUCAACAGCAGCAGCAGCAGCAGCAAGUGCUGUUGCAACCUUCCAUGGUUUCGACAAAAGGACGAGACACCAUUGAGAAACCCACCGACGAGAUGCGCUUCGAAACAUUCGGAAGCGAUUACGCAAAGUCCCAGCUGACGGCGGCUGUGCCACUCACUAUCCCAAUGGUGCAACAACAACAACAACAACAACAAUCGGCGGUGGCAGUCCAGCAACAGCAACAGCAGACAUGUAAAUGUGAAUUCUGCGAGUACCUCCAGGCCAACCGGAUAUCGCUUACCGGCGAUCACUCCUUCCAGUGCGAGUUUUGCGGGGAGGGAUUCUCCACCCAGACCAGCUUCAACCGGCAUCGGUGCGGGAGUACGGACAUCCAGAUAUACCGGUGCGAAAAUUGCCGCCAGGAGUAUGGUAGCUCGCGUGCCAUGUCCACCAUCGGUAACUGUGAGCCUAGGGACAAGUGUGAUAUCUGCAAUCGCAACAUUGUACAGUCGUUGCCAGAGGAGCAGGCGGCCUACGGCCCCUCGAUGGCGGCUGGAAGCUCCCCAAUGUCUUCACAAACCACAGCGUCCGUGCUGUCUGACGGCACGAUUGGUGGAACGGUCCACUUGCCGACGAUGAUAGCGACGCUAACCUCCCCCGAAGUGUCUAACGAAAGCGUCAGCGAUCUCAGUGCCAACGUCAAUGUAAGGUCUAUCGUGAACAGUCCCAUCGAACAGCACGACCUUAGCAGCCUGGAUCCGUUCGGGUCGGACAGCGAGUGUCUGGGUCAGUUCUUUGCCGCUGAGCCAAGCUCCACCUCGCCCUGUACGGCUAGCAGCACGGCAACCAACUUACAGUGUCAACCAAUGCCAACUAGUGCCAACAUGGGGAGUCUUCUCUCCAUCCCUGCACUGCACCAGCCAGAGUCAGCGAAGACGUACUUCGUGCUUGGAAAUGUGGAUCAGUUGCAGCAAUUUCACGACAUAGCAACACCACCACCGCCAGCAACAGCAGAGCAAGCGCCAGUGCAGCAACCACCAGCCGGCAGCAAUCUUCCAACAGCGGUCACCAAUAGCUUCCAUCAUCUUCAUUUAGCGCCAGCAGGACCUGGGCCUCAUCAGCAGCAGCAACUGCUACCUCUCUCGCUGCAGAAUGCCGCCCCCGCUACGGCCGGUUCGCUUCUGCUCAGCGAGCACGAGGUCACUAGUCUGCAGCAGUACGAUCAGUACGAUGAUGAGGACUACUCGUCCAUGUCCGAAGAUGAAGCUAUUGUUCCAAUAGAACCCUAUGCCAAAUCGCCCAACCAGGACCAUGCCAAGACGGAGCUCCCAAUUCAAGAGACGAUCGUUGACACUAGCACCGGCAUCAGUGUCAUGUCGCUGCCACCGUUCGGAACUGGCGGACUGCCAAGGGACGCUGAUGGUUCGCCGCUGGGCCGAACACUGAUACCACCACCGCAUGGUGUCGGCGUACAGCAUCAUCUGCAGCAGCAUCAACAGCCGUUGCAGCAACAGCAACAGCACCACCAUUCGUCCGACGUGUCGCUGAUACACCGGGACGAAGAAGAGGAAGGAAAAUGUGAUUCGUCAUCUUCACCGCUUGGAUUACUGGUCGGAAGCCCGUCUGGAAUAGCGAACGGUGGCGGCGAAAGAAGGCCACAUCAGGCACAGUCCUCCACUACUACCACCACCAGCACCAGCACCAACCCCGAUCGACCCUACAAGUGCCACAUCUGCGACCGUUCGUACCGCAACCAGAAGAACCUGAGGUCCCAUCUGAAGGUGCACGAGGGCAUUCGGGCGUACCAGUGCGAGAUCUGUGGCAAGAAUUUCUCCGGCUCCAGCUAUCUGGUGAUCCACCGGCGGCGCCAUACGGGCGAACGGCCAUUCAAGUGCGUCACCUGCGGGAAGGCGUUCGUCGAUUCGAGAGCGCUGGCCGUGCACGCGCGCUUGCACAGCGGCGAGCGGCUCAAGUGCGAAAAGUGCGAGAAAACUUUCUCCAGCGUGAGUGCCCUGACUGUGCACAAUCGGCUGCACACCGGCAUACACCCUUACCGGUGUGAGCUGUGUGGCAAAACAUUCCCACAGUACAACAACCUGAAGCACCACAUGAAGAAGCACGAGCAACCGAGCGAUGCAGAGCAGCUGCUGCCCCAAGCAAUGGCGACCUCAACCGGUGGCCCCACACCACCGUCCAAUGGGGUGAGCACUACGACGAGCGGCUCCGGUACUGUACUGGCGCGCAUCAGUCUCUCGAUACAAGCUGACACCACCGGCAAAGGAACGGUGCACAUGAUAGCCAGCUCGACCACGGGUCCGGCCUCCGAGUACAAAUGCCACAUCUGCAACAAGCUGUACAAAUCCUCCGACGACCUGCAGGAGCACCUGAGCCAGCACAGCAAGGAUCGGCCGAACCAGUGCGAGUUUUGCUCGAAAGUGUUUCCGCGCUCUUCCCAUCUCAUCAUCCACCGGCGUCGGCACACGGGCGAGCGGCCCUUCAAGUGCAAAUACUGCGACAAAGCGUUCGUUGACUCGCGCGCCCUCUCCGUCCACACGCGCCUGCACACGGGCGAGCGGGUCAAGUGCGAAAUCUGCGAGAAAACGUUCGCCAGCUCGAGCGGUCUCAUAGUGCACCGGCGCAUCCACACCGGGGUGCAUCCGUACAAGUGUGACUACUGCGAAAAGUCCUUCGCCCAAUCGACGGCACUCAAGUACCAUCUGAAAAAACACGACACCGCCCUGCUGCCAACCACGACCACGCCCGAGGGUGCUGAUACGCGGCUACCAGCCCUGCCCCAGAACGGUGCCGCCGAUGUUGGGCAAUGUGCGCCCUCGUUUGGCGAGGACGCGACCACGAACGGCAACGACCGGUACAAGUGCACCGUGUGCAACAAAGCUUUCCGAUCCUCCGAGUACCUGGUGCGCCAUCGUCGGACGCACAGUGGUGAGCGGCCGUACCAGUGCGAGAUUUGCGGCAAGAACUUCUCCACCAUGAGCUACCUAGUGAUCCACCGGCGUCGGCACACCUCCGAGCGGCCGUACAAGUGUACCUCCUGCGAGAAAGCGUUUGUCGACUCGCGUGCACUCCAGGAGCACGCCCGGCUACACACGGGCGAUCGGGUGCGUUGUGAGAUCUGCCAGAAAACGUACUCCAGCGUCAGCAACCUGAUCGUGCACCGGCGCAUCCACAGUGGCAUUCAUCCCUUCGAGUGUGACAGCUGUGGCAAAUCGUUUGCGCAGAAAAAUGCCCUCAAAUAUCACCUCAAGAAGCACGCCGAAACGCACAAGAAACAGGAGCAGCCAGAGCCCGUCGGUUAGUCCAUUGACGGGGCGCAGUUUUCAGCCUCGAUGGCUUCUACCGGAGAACACAGUUCAUUUUUGCAAUCACACUUACUUUCAAACCAACCCCGCGCUGACGUCGCUACGAUGUCGAUUCUAACCUCUCUCUCUAUUUUUUUUUAUCACAAAUGUUUGUUUCAACCGCAUCAUUUGAUCAGAGUGCAUGCAUGAGUGAAUUCGAUGUACAACCAAUCAAUACUACACACAACCACAUAACACUACUUCUUCCACAAUUUAAAUAAUAGUCAGCUCCCUCUACAAUACAAUACAAUCUCAUCCUUACAGUCGUCUGGUGGUUCUGGUGGCGUUUCGCGUCGAGUGGUAAAUGGGUUGGGUUUGUUUGCCUGCCCUUGUCUCUAUCGCCGUCAACAUUUGACGAUUCGGAUACAACGAAAAAUCCUCACGUUUAGGUUAAUGCAAUAAUGAUAAUUUUAAAAAAUGGUUUAGGAGCGAAAAAUUAACAAUUAGGUACGCUCGAAUGGGGCCUACUUUAGGGUGAGACACCUGGCAUACAAUCACACCCAGCGCACCCACCCUCUCAGACACAGAACGUUCGCCAAACCACCCAUAACACAUAACAACCAUCAAUAGCCAUAUAAGCCAGCUACAACUUCAAUACAGAAUAUAUAAAUAUAGAGCAGAUUCAUUGUAAUGUAAUAGUACCGUGUGCAAAUAACUCAAGUUUGUAAACCCCCCAAACACCCCAAGCCAUCAUCAUCAUCAUCAUCCACAACAUCAUGUUCAAUAUAAAGCGAAAUACAAGCAACCACAUUCCACCAGCAAAACAGUAACUAUAAUAGAGUCCCCCGAGCGGGGGUACAAGCAGCAUAAAAACGGACCCACAUCCACAGACCAUAAACCAUCAGCAGUUUGCCCAGAAAGUGUCAGUGCAAUUUAGUCAAACUCCGUCAAACAACCCAAAGCAACCAAAUCAACCAAAUCAACCAAAACAACCAAAACCUAACAAUCGAUAGAAACAGUACAGUUCAAUGAAUGUUCGUCUCACGUCAUGUCUCUGAGUAGAUGCUCCAACAACCAAUUCCCGGUAAAAGAUUGUAUGAAAAUUGUAUCUUCCUUUUUGUCAACCGAAUCGAACCACGGAAUCGAACAUUAGGCUCAACGAAAAAAUGGCAUUCGAAACACGGAAAUCGAAAAAUCAAACAUUUUGUACAGCAAGAAAUGCAAGCGACUAUAGGAAGAAGGGAAAGAAGAUAAGAAAAAAUGAAACUUUUUUUAACGCUGAUGUGCAAAGAUCGCAGGUCGACAAUUGAUGAGUGUAUGUUGAUCUAUUAUACUACCAGCAAAGGCAUAAUCGAGUGGUGGAGGAGGCAGCGUUCCGCGCUCCCGCCGGAACGGAAGUCCGCCAACUGGAUAUGUGUAGCGAAAACGUAUGAAAAAUAAUAAAAACCUGAAACUGAAAAAUUUCAAUACCAACA